CGGGGCGUGAUUGGUAAGCGCCGCCUGUGCGCGGUGACGUUGCGCUUGGCGGAAAGUUUGCGAGAGGAGCGCGGGAAGGAAGCGCGGGAGUCGGGUGGGAGCGGAGGAUCCUCGCGAGCUUCGUUCUGCUGGAGCGCUCUGUCUGUCCUCCCUUCCGUCCGUCCGCGGUGCUCCUCGGAGGGAGCCGGCCGGCCGCCUCUGCCUCUCGGGAGCGGGUGUGGGUCCGGGUGGCAGUGUCGCCCCUUGGGACCUUCUUACCACCGCUGCCAGGCAGGGACAAGCCAUUGUGACCCCACUGCGCAGCGGUGCCAGGCCCUGAACGCAGGCGCGAUUCAUCUUGUAACGGAGUGGGAUUAACCACUGAGAGACGAUGACAGAGGAGCUGCACCUUGCGGGACAGGACUCCGAUGGGGAGAGCGAGGAGGUCGUCCUGACGCCUGCAGAGCUCAUUGAGAGGCUGGAGCAGGCCUGGAUGAAUGAAAAAUUUGCCCCCGAGCUUCUAGAAAGCAAGCCUGAAAUUGUAGAAUGUGUCAUGGAACAGCUAGAUCAUAUGGAAGAAAAUCUCAAAAGAGCCAAAAAGGAAGAUCUGAAGAUCAGUAUCCAUCGAAUGGAGAUGGAGAGGAUCCGCUAUGUCCUCAGCAGCUACUUGCGGUGUCGACUCAUGAAGAUAGAGAAGUUUUUCCCUCAUGUCCUUGAGAAGGAGAAAACAAGACCUGAAGGGGAGCCCUCCAGCCUCUCUCCAGAGGAGUUUGCCUUUGCCAAGGAGUACAUGGCUCACACAGAGACCUACCUGAAGAAUGUCGCCUUAAAGCACAUGCCUCCAAACUUGCAGAAGGUGGACCUCCUGAGGGCAGUUCCCAAACCAGAUCUAGAUUCAUAUGUGUUUCUAAGAGUGAAAGAGCGACAAGAAAAUAUACUGGUAGAACCUGAAGCAGAGGAGCAAAAGGACUAUGUGAUUGACUUAGAGGAGGGCUCACAGCACCUGAUCCGAUACAGAACCAUUGCACCUCUCGUUGCUUCUGGAGCAGUGCACCUGAUUUGAAACUAGCAGUAAAUACGCAUGAAGAUGGACUCAGAGGAAAUAUCAGAAGCCCUUCCUCCCACUUUGGGCCUAAGAAUGAUAAGCCAUUCUCCGGGCAGCAGGCAGCUCAGUGAUGUUGUGGAUCACUUGGACACUGGAAAGGAGCUGAGGCGGGGUUCCUAACCUGCUGUGAACACAUCCUGCCUCUUCUCUUCCUGACAACUCAGCCCACUCAACCCCACUGCUCUGUCCAUGCUGCACAUCAGGCUGAUACAGAUUCUCAUUCUGUGCACCUUUCCCUUGGUAUUUUUUGAGCUCAGAAAAGUGAAGCAAAAAUAACUUAAAAGAGGUGUCACUGCCUGUGAUUGUGGGGUUUAUUUAGUCCUAACUCGGUGAUAAUAGGAGAGUUUGUCUAACCUUCCUGGUAGGAAAAUUGUAAAUAGAUUAAGAAAAAUAGCUGCAGUCUGCUUCUACAAUACUUCACUGCAUUGUGUGAACUAAUCCUUUGGAAUAUCCAUUGUUGAACUGAAACCAGUUUCUGUCAGGUUUAACUGAAAAGCACAGCUAAACCAGUAAUGCUAUGAUUAAAUUGCAGGUGGUGGUAAAAGGAGCCUGUGGAUGCUCUCAGCUUGCAGUCUGGAAGCAGGUUCUCCCUGCUGCCAGCCCACAGCCCUAGUGGUUCCUGGCAGCUCAGCCAGGCCAUCCUUCCACCAUCCGGCCAGCCUUGGCCCGGCUCCGUGAGCGGAGCAGCAUAGCUUUCCUGCAGUGUGACCUCAGAAGUCUCUUUUCGCAUGGAAGCUCCUCCCUUUCUCCAGGGAAACAGAUGAAGUGUCCUCAUGUGCAUGUGGAGUCUCACAGUGACACCCAAGGAAGCACAUAGGCAGCGAGUGGAUUAUACUUCAAAUGUGAAGGAAGAUGGACCUCCGGUAGCACUGUCAGCACAGUACUUACACGGAUGUGAAGAAAGCUACCGGCUCUCCAGUCUUUGCUUGAUGAAAUGUCUGCAGAUUUUCACUUACAUGUGUAGGUGAUAGAACAUCAGCUGUUUCCAGGAGAAAGUAAGCAAACGCAAGGGAGUUCUCAGUGAAAAAAGCACUUGAUACUUCUUUAGUGCCUUUUGCUCCUCAGUGUUUUUACUUCAGCUAUUCAUUAAACAUGUCUGAGCAUAUAGUAUGCCAGGUACACAGUU